AUGUUUGUUAAAAGAAUAUUAUUUGUUUCAAUAUUUUUAUUAUUUUUUGUCUCUGACUGUUUUGUUAUAUCAAGUCCAGAGUGGAUCACUUUUACACCGUUGAAGGGAUGUAAUCAAACCUAUGGCAUUGGAUAUUCUCUACCGGUUGGACAGUGUAUAAAUUUCGAAUUCUCCUAUUGGGUGAUUGUACAGGUAGAACAGAUCAAUGGUGAAAUAACCGUGAAUACCACCAACUACAACGAUCCAAAUUGCACUGAAUACAUCAACAGUAACGAUUAUCAGGUAGAUCAAUGUCUGCAAAUCGAUGAGUUCUACAUGGAUACUACAGGUUCCGUCUCAAUAGGACAGAACUUUCCAAACGAAGCUGUUACCUACCAAUUCUUUUAUGAUUCCGACAACGAUUGUUCAGGUAACAAUUACUAUACAUUCUUCACCAACAACUUGGAGGUCAACGAUAUCAAAUAUCAAUGUAUCAACGGACAACCUGUCGUCUCCUCGUGUUAUUCAUCUAGACAUUCAGACAAGUGUACAGUAAUACCAUGGGGAACACAAUGUGUUCCAGGUAGUCAAGGUGGUCCAGGUUACUACGGAUGUUAUAUACAAUAA